UGCUGCUGUUUGGAUGGAGGGGACCUCGUAGAGCACACGAGCUGAUGAUGAUGGUGGGAAACGCGAUUCAUCCGAAAUGGGUGUUUUUGAAAGAAAAUACUUUUUGCACCGAAUUGUUUGCUAUUCAAAAUUCAGUUUACUCGCGAAUCUCGUAAUGAGUGGAUCACAGUUUUGAUUGAAGCGGAGUACGGCAUCCAGCUGACUGGAGUAUGGUGCCGAAGUGGUGAUUAUGUGAGAACGAGUGCAAAUAUCGAAAACAGAACUCUACAUGCAAUGGGCGAAACGAAGCUGUUAAAAAUCAUUCUUCUGAGUACAAUAUGCCAGACAACACUGGGACGACCAUUCUCAUUUCCGGACGGCACUCGAGCGAACGGAGACUCCCGAUCAAGGCAAAACGAGCAACUCGAAGGUCGCAGCAUCCUUGGUGGUUACAGUCAAGACAACAAACCGGACAUCUACAGUCGGUACAAUGUCUACGAACACGAAGAGGAAGACUAUCGCAGAACGUCGACCACUCAUCGGCCUUAUGUCACAUUUAGUACAACCAGACAGGCGCACAACCGAGCACCAAACGCUCACUUCAAUAGACUUCCGCCGGCGAAAAAUGACGAACCGAUAGAAGCAGAACCGGAAGACGACUAUGACGAUGAUGGAGACGCACAAGAUGGAGUAGAUCCUCCGCCGACAAACGCCGCGGCAGACUUCAGCAGUAGCAGCAGUGGAAACUUCGGCAGCAACCCAGUUACCUUCAACAACCUGUUGUACAACUUCAACGCCAACAAUAAGUUCGGAGGAUUCGGUAACCUUUUCGGUGAGAACCGACACAAGUACAAACACAAGUUCAAACGGCGGAAACCGGGUCAACCGUGUAUUCCGUAUGAUCUCUUCAAUCGCCUCCGAACGGGUCGUGAUUCCAAUGGGAACCGUAUUGAUCCGAAGACAUUGAUCCCACCGUUGAACCUGGUGCUGGCCGAUGUAAACUACUAUUCUCCAUCAAACAAUUACAACGGCCACGGGGUGGCUUCGGACACGGGAUCUCCGGGACAUACGGGAGGAGCCGUGUUCAAUAACCAUUUCUACGACGCCGUCGGAGGAUAUCCCUGCACCGGUGGGUACAAACCAAUCAAUCGACCACAUGGAGGUCCACUGGGGUUCUUCGGACAGGGUGGACUCUUUGAUUGGACGACGUCGGCGGAUUCCGUUCAGAGUGAUCCCGGCGAGGGAGGAGGAACGGGUAACAAGCCGACGGUGGUGUUCAAUCUGAACGAUGCCAUUGAUACAGUGGCAACCAACUGGCGACCUGGGGAAAGCUUUCAAAUGAUGAUGAAAGUGAUAGCAGAGUUUAUAUCGUCCGUUGCUGGAGGAGCGCCGGUGGCUGCUGGUGAAGCUGUAGGAGAUGCCGUUGACACGGUGCGGAAAGUUAACAAAGAGUUCGUCAGUCUGUUUUCUUAGAAUACUCAUAUGUACCUAUAGGAAUAUAUUUUUAACAGUAUAAUAUCCUCAC